AUGUCGACAAUACAAAAAAUUCUGAAUAUUACAGAAGAUAAUAAUAUAUCAAAUCGAAAAACGAAACGAGAAUAUUUACCUAAAGAACCAUCAUUAUUAGAAAAACAUUAUAGUGUAUCAAAAAAGGUUCUCGGAAGAGGAUCAUUUGCGGUAGUAAAGGAAUGCACAGAUAGACAACAAAUGUUAACUACAGAAUUGGAUGUUUUGAAACAAGUAAAUCAUCCAAAUAUUGUCUCAUUACAUGAUCUUUACGAAACCAAAGAUGCGGUCUAUAUUAUUACCGACUUGGCACUUGGUGGUGAAUUAUAUAAUCAAUUACUACAAAGAGGAAGUUAUACCGAAAAGGAUGCAGCAAAUUUAAUUGAACAGAUCGCUCAUCGUGAUUUAAAACCAGAGAAUCUAUUAUUUAGUGAUAAAUCCGAGUUCUCAACAUUAAAGAUUACCGAUUUUGGUCUAUCGAAAAUAUUAAAACAUCAUGAUGAUAUUUUGAUGACAGCUUGUGGUACACCAGGAUAUGUGGCACCAGAAGUAUUAACCCAAAAUGGAUAUGGAAAAUCUGUAGAUAUUUGGAGUAUUGGAGUAAUCCUUUAUACAGUUUUAUGUGGAUAUACACCAUUUUGGGGGGAAAAUCAAAAAGCAUUAUUUGACAGUAUAUUAAAAGGUGUAUAUCAUUUUGAUGAAGAUUAUUGGUCAGACAUAAGUGAUGAAGCGAAAGAUUUAAUUAAUAAAAUGUUAGAAUAUAAUCCUGAUAAAAGAAUUACUGCUCAUGAUGCACUUCAACAUCCAUGGUUUAAAUCUAUUAAUGUUAUACAGGGUGUAACACGAAUGAGAAAACUUAAUGAUAAACAAUCACAUCCAUCACAACAAUAUAUUAAUAAUUAUGAUAAGGUGAAUAGGAUAAAUUUAGUAAAUAUAAUAAAUUUGGUAAAUACAUUAGGUUCAUCAGAAUUAUUUGGUCAUAUAGAGAAUGAAAUAAUUGAUGAAUAUACUAAAGAUGUAAAUGAUGAAAAAAUGGAGACAAAUAAAAUAUUAAUUAAUACAAAUUCCAUAUGGUCAAGUGAAGGUAGUGAAAGUGAUAUUUCAUCUAUUUAUAGCAUUUCUACUACAAGUUUAUCUCUUACACCUAGUAUACCGAAUAUACCAUAA